GCAAAUGCUUAGGCACCCCUGAACAGGAGGCUGCUCGUGUCACUGGCGUUGGAAAAUACAUGAACAUUAAGUUUAGAGUUUUAAGUUUAACUUAGUUCGUUUGUCCAGUGACAAUGGUACUUUUGGUCAAGACUUCUAGAUAUUGGAAUCGCUCCUCCACUGGAAUGUAAAUUAUAGUUCAGAGAACCAGAAUAAAAAGCGAUACCACUAUAAUGGUGGCCGAUGAGUUGUGACACCGUGAGUUAGCUGUGUUCUGACACAACUGUUAAAAAUUCAAUACCAGUACCACCGUUAAAAGUCUCCUUUGUCUUCUUUUUACUUUGAAGUAAACCAACCGGACGGACGACAGGUGCGUUGUCUGUAAUUGUCUAAUGCACGCGGCUGUCCAAAGUCCUGGGUGGCUGAGAAACAGAUUUGAGACUUUUCUUCCGCAGCCAAAAUGAUCAGAUCGUCGCUUCGCUGCUUGAAAAGCAUCUACCCUUCAUGUUUCUACCGUUUCGUCGGAUCUACGGCCACACCGGUGCUACGGGAAACCUCGGUGGACUGGAGCAGCCUGCCGCCGGUUAGACUCCGGGGGAGACGGUACCUGGUCGGCUCAGACAGCCCCGGCGUACCGGAGCUCCUCCAGCCGCCGAGGGAGGGGUUCCCGCCCGUGUACGUCCCUGCGGGGAGCGGGGAGUUCUCGCCCGAGGACUGGGCGGUAGCGGCCCGGUGUGUGUCACGAGAGGUUGUGGACGGGACAGGCGUUGGUGCCGUGUUGUUACGGGGUUUGCCACUACGUACAGACUCAGACUUUUCAAGGUUUGUGAACAAUCUGUCCCUGAAGCCGAUGUCAUACGAAGGGGGAACCGCUCAGAGAGACAACGUCGGGGAAAACGUCGACACUGCGAGUAAAGAGCACCCCGCCAUGUCCAUAGAACCUCACAACGAGAUGGCAUACACCAACUACUACCCGGAAAAGAUCAUAUUCUACUGCCAUGAGCCUGCCGAGCCGGACCAGGGCGGGGAAACCGUCAUGGUGGACGUGCGCCAGAUCUUACGGAAACUGGACUCGGCUGUCGUCGGCAAGUUCCGGAAACUCGGAAUCCGAUACUGCCGGUACAUGCCGGAAAGAGGAGACUUCUUUCAUGGGUAUAACUCCUGGAGAGAGACGUUCCGCACGGACAGUCGGGAAAAGGUGGAGCGGUACCUGAGUGCGCGGGGUAUGACAUGGCAAUGGGGGCAGGACGGGUCGGUCAGCUGGUGGUACAAUCUACCCGCCAUGACUCUAUAUAAAGGAGAGUGGCUAUGGUUUAACCAGGCCCACGUGAACAACGCGGACUUCCUCACGGCCCAUCCCGACUACGACAGCACCAAACCCGUCCCCCCGGACAUGACAGACGCUAACACCCAAUAUGGCGACGGCUCGGAGAUCGAACCGGAAGUACUACAGCACAUACGGGAUGUGACGUGGCAGGCUGCAGUGGGUUUCCAGAUGCAGAGACGUGACGUGUUGGUGCUGAACAACAUGUACAUCCAACAUGGCCGCCUGGGCUUCACCGGCAACAGGAGGCUGCUCGUGUAUCUGGCAGAGUCAGACGCCUGAAUGGACAUUGUUUUAGCGGGUUUGCUCAGUGCAAGGCCAUUGAUCACUUCUAGUCACUGAAGCAGCAUCUCAUCUCCCUAAGUCAGAAACAUCGAGCUUCAGCAAGCUCGACUAUCAUCAUCAUCCGGGCUUGCUGGUUGCACGGAUGGCCAUGACUCUCUUCCUCCAUGACCAUCCUUCCCUAUCCUCCAUAGCCUUAGGUAGAUCUUCAGCCGAGCAGCCAGAAUCUUCACAAAGCUCGACUAACUCGACCCUAUAGGCGAAGCAGGGGUUACGAGACAGCUCGGGAAAUUUCCUACCCCAUUUAGCCGGAAUUUUUGUUUUUAUACUUCUCACAUUAUUAACUUGAAGUGAUUUUGCCAAAUAUUGCAAGAUCGCAUUAUGAUAACAAAUGAUUUCUGGAGGUUUAAAACAAUAAAGGGAAAACAAAACCAAACAUGUGAAGGAAACGUUUGUGCAGUCAGUAAGUGAAAAAUGCAUGUUUUCUUGUAAGAGUUACUUUACUUACAACAUUUCCAAGUACAAACGUAACUAGCAACAGACUUCUGAUGAAAGAUAAUUUUCCCAUUAGGCAAGAUCCAGCCUUGAAAGUUUUUUACUAUAAAUUCAAACUAUUUGUACUUUAA